AUGAACAGGACUUUGGUGGAACGAGCACGGUGCAUGUUGUUUUAUGCUAACCUGGAGAAGAACUACUGGGCUGAAGCUGUGGCAACGGCUGCAUAUGUAAUAAACCGUUCCCGACAAAGUCAUUACAAGGUAAAACUCCAUAUGAAAAUGUGGAAAGAGAACUCAGACACACAAGGUAAUAGUGAAGACUCAAGUGAGUAUGACACUGACACAGGAGAACUUGAUGAAACUUACCAUCCUCCAUAUCCGAUAAGACAGAAUUACAAUAGUAAUGUAACAUUGAGGUCAGCACGGUCACAGGCUAAACAAGAUGAGGCACAAAAUGGAAAGAUGGGUUUAUUGUGUUUGUUUACUGAUUUGACUGACCCACAGACUGUUGAGCAAGCACUUGCAUCACCACAAGCUACUGAAUGGAAGAGGGCCAUGGACGAGGAGUAUACUUCCCUGAUGAAGAAUAAGACAUGGAUUUUGACAGAUCUCCCUCCAGGUAAAAAGGCUCUCCCAAACAAGUGGGUGUUCAAGACAAAAACAGACCAGAGUGGGAAUGUUCAGAGAUAUAAGGCAAGGCUUGUAAUAAAGGGAUAUGCACAAAGAUGGGGCACAGAUUAUGAAGAAAUAUACUCACCAGUUGUCAGAUACACCACUAUCCGCUAUCUAUUUGCCCUAGCAGCCAGGUAUGGAUUGGCAAUAGAUCAAAUGGAUGCUGUAUCUGCUUUUCUGCAAGGAAAGAUUGAUAGAGAAAUUUACAUGCAACAGCCAGAGGAGUAUAAGCUUGGAUCUCAGCAAGUCAAUGUGUUUGGUCUACAUAUUACCAGAGACGGAGAUCAAGUACUAUUAGACCAAGAAAAAUACAUAAAUGAUAUAUUAGCUCGGUUCAGAAUGUUUGACUGCAAAUCUGUGAAAACACCAUUUGAAGCUGGCAUGAAACUUGGUGCUAAAAAUGAAGAAGACGAAAUUGCUGACUGUCCAUAUCAACAGGCCAUUGGCUCCUUACUGUAUGUGGCUCAGGGUACCCGCCCUGAUAUAUCGUUUGCAGUAAACACACUGAGUAGAUUUAACAAAAAUCCUACCACUGCACACUGGGCUGCAGUUAAAAGAAUUUUCCGAUAUCUACAGGGUACCAAAGACUUGAAAUUAGUUUAUACCAAAGAUGGUAAUGAGAAAAUCACAGGAUAUUGUGAUGCUGAUUGGGCAAGCGAUGUGCGCGACAGGAAGUCGUGCACGGGUUACAUUUUUUUGUUGCAGGGUGGUGCAAUAUCUUGGCGGUCACAAAAGCAGCAGACUGUGGCGCUGUCUACUGCUGAGGCCGAGUACAUGUCGAUGUCGUCAGCGGCGCAGGAGGCGCUGUGGCUCCAACAACUGCAUGCUGAACUUGGUCAAGAACAGAGCAACCCACUCGUCAUAUUUAGUGAUAACCAGAGUGCAAUUAAAUUGUCCAAUAAUGAUUGUUAUCUGCCUAGGUCGCGGCAUAUUGAUAUCCGCUAUCAUUUUCUUAAAGAUCACACAGUAUACCUCAUUGUUCAAUACUCAACAUCUUUUAACAUUUUACAUCUCCUUCAGGAUGGCAGAACCCCAGAAUCAUCACCGCGCGGCAGUGGUGGCGAGAUCACACUGGCUAUACCGUCACACCGCAACUAUGGUGCCAUCGGAGGCAUCGAGAAGGUCACCUACACCUGGGCGGACAUCAACGCCUUCGCCACGGAAUCCAGAGCCAGGUCGCGACGAGUCUGGAACUUCUGGAAGCCUUCGACCAGCGGCAUGUUCCAGCAGAGGAAACAGCUUCUGAGGAAUGUAAAUGGCGCGGCGUAUCCCGGUGAAUUGCUGGCCAUAAUGGGCUCGUCCGGGGCGGGGAAGACCACACUUCUGAACACGUUGACGUUCCGCACUCCAAGUGGUGUAAUGUCCACUGGUACGAGAGCUCUGAAUGGCCAGCCGGCGACGCCCGAGGCACUGUCAGCUCUGUCAGCCUACGUCCAGCAACAGGACCUGUUUAUUGGGACUCUGACUGUGAAAGAGCAUUUGGUAUUUCAGGCGUUGGUGAGAAUGGACCGGCACAUACCGUAUGCUCAAAGAAUGAGGCGAGUCCAAGAAGUUAUUACGGAGUUGGCGUUAUCAAAGUGCCAGAACACAGUGAUCGGGAUCCCUGGGCGGUUGAAGGGUAUCUCAGGUGGUGAGAUGAAGAGGCUGUCCUUCGCCAGUGAGGUCCUCACUGACCCCCCUCUCAUGUUCUGUGACGAACCUACCUCCGGACUUGAUUCCUUCAUGGCGCAGAAUGUGUUGCAGGUACUGAAAGGCCUAGCCCACAAGGGCAAGACGGUCGUAUGCACGAUCCACCAGCCGUCAUCAGAGUUAUACGCCAUGUUUGACAAGCUGCUCAUCAUGGCGGACGGGAAGGUCGCCUUCCUCGGCUCUCCGGAGCAGGCCAACGGGUUCUUUAAAGAGCUUGGCGCAGCGUGUCCUCCCAACUACAACCCGGCGGACCACUUCAUCCAGCUGCUGGCGGGCGUGCCGGGCCGCGAGGAGACCACCCGCACGACCAUCGACACAGUCUGCACCGCCUUCGCCAGGUCCGAGAUGGGCUGCAAGAUCGCUGCUGAAGCUGAGAAUGCAUUGUUUUAUGAGCGUAAGAUCUCGUCGGGCUGGGCGGACGCGGCGUGGUCGGAGGCGGUGUCGCUGCGCGCGCGCCGCUCCCCGUACAAGGCGUCGUGGUGCGCGCAGUUCCGCGCCGUGCUGUGGCGCUCCUGGCUCUCCGUCACCAAGGAGCCCAUGCUCAUCAAAGUGCGCUUCCUGCAGACUGUCAUGGUAUCGAUCCUGAUCGGCGUGAUCUACUUCGGACAACACUUGGACCAGGACGGCGUCAUGAACAUCAACGGAGCCAUCUUCAUGUUCCUCACCAACAUGACCUUCCAGAACAUCUUCGCUGUCAUCAACGUAUUUUGCUCCGAGCUCCCCAUAUUCAUUCGGGAGCAUCAUUCAGGGAUGUAUCGAGCCGACGUAUACUUCUUAUCGAAGACCUUAGCCGAGGCUCCGGUGUUCGCAACUAUACCACUAGUCUUCACCACUAUAGCCUACUAUAUGAUAGGACUGAACCCUGACCCGAAGAGGUUCUUCAUAGCUUCAGGAUUGGCAGCCUUGAUAACGAAUGUUGCUACUUCAUUUGGUUACCUGAUCUCGUGUGCCAGCAAUAGCGUCAGCAUGGCCGCGUCAGUCGGACCUCCCAUCAUCAUUCCCUUCAUGCUGUUCGGAGGAUUCUUCCUCAACACCGGUUCCGUGCCUCCAUACCUGGGCUGGAUAUCGUACCUGUCCUGGUUCCACUACGGCAACGAGGCGCUGCUGGUCAACCAGUGGUCGGGCGUGGAGACCAUCGCCUGCACGAGAGAGAACUUCACCUGCCCAGCAUCAGGACAAGUUGUGUUGGAUACGCUUAGUUUCUCUGAGGACGACUUCACGAUGGACGUGGUGAGCAUGGUGCUGCUGUUCAUCGGCUUCCGGUUCCUCGCGUACCUCGCCCUGCUGUUCCGAGCUCGCCGGGCGAAGUGAUAACAAACACCUUUGACCCUUCAUCUUAGAAAAAUAAACCCAUAGCCAAUUGUUUCGAAUAACGAUUUCGAUUUUCAUAAACGUUUAUGUUUUGAGGAAUUUCAUUUACAGAUAAGAGAUAAAAAUGCUCUAAAAAUACUCAAAAAUUCCAAUAUAGCUUUGGAAACAGCUAGGCUGAAAAGCUUUUAGUAAAACAAAGUUUUGAACCAAUGUCCGCAACCAAGAAACAAACAUAAAUAAACAGAUUUAUUAUAAAGUAUUCGACCAAUUAAAAUAUGUUUUAAAAUUGGCCUGUUUACUGUAGGAUUUAUAGUAAACUAGAUUUAAAAUUGUAUUGUUAAUACGUAAUUUUAAUAAGUAUUUUCUAUUGUAAGUAAAUAUGUUAAAGAAAAUAUAUGUACGUUUUGAUAAAACACCCUGACUUCUCAAAUAUGAACUAUUACUACCUCAAUACAGAACGCACACUUAUUUACAUGUUUCAUUUGUUGCAUUGUAACUUUAUAAUAAUAAGGUGCCAAAAAA